CUGGCUCUGUAGCUGCGCGAGCUGCUGCGGCUUGGGGUCCUAAGGACUGAGCCAGGGCCGGGAGCCGCCCGGGGCAAAGCUCCGGAGAGCGGACACAGGCCCCACCAUGAGGCCCCAGCCCCUCGGGAGCCCGCGCGCCCCCCUGGCCCCGGGCGCACCGUGCUAGCCCUGCCAGGUGUGGGGACGCGCGGUAGCCAUGGCCAGCCACGUGGACCUGCUGACCGAGCUGCAGCUGCUGGAGAAGGUGCCCACGCUGGAGCGGCUGCGCGCCGCGCAGAAGCGUCGGGCGCAGCAGCUGAAGAAGUGGGCGCAGUAUGAGCAGGACCUGCAGCACCGCAAGCGCAAACACGAGCGGAAGCGCAGCGCUGGAGGCCGCCGCAAAAAGGUGUCCUUCGAGGCCAGCGUGGCCCUGCUGGAGGCUUCGCUGCGCAACGACGCCGAGGAGGUGCGCUACUUCCUGAAGAACAAGGUCAGCCCUGAUUUGUGCAAUGAGGAUGGACUCACAGCCCUGCACCAGAACAGCCAGCGGGACUGGAGUGCAUGUGAAUCCUCUUCCCCUGGCCCAGGAGUGUGCAUCGGCUCCUGCCUUCCUGGUCUGCAAACCGAGAGUGACGUGAUUAAUGACCGAGGAAGCACUCUCUGGUGUGUGUAUGUGGAAGAGGAAGGCAGCCAGAGCAGCCUCAGUCACCCUCCGUGGCCCUCACCCUUAUCCUCUGUCUGCAGUGGGGCUGACCUGCUUGCUGUGAACUCUGAUGGGAACAUGCCAUAUGACCUCUGCGAGGAUGAGCCCACCCUGGAUGUCAUCGAGACCUGCAUGGCGUACCAGGGCAUCACCCAAGAGAAAAUCAAUGAGAUGCGGGCUGCUCCUGAGCAGCAGAUGAUCACGGACAUCCACUGCAUGAUUGCGGCAGGCCAGGAUCUUGACUGGAUAGACGCCCAGGGGGCCACGCUGCUGCACAUAGCUGGAGCCAAUGGAUACCUGCGGGCAGCUGAGCUCCUUCUGGACCAUGGAGUGCGUGUGGAUGUGAAGGACUGGGAUGGCUGGGAGCCCCUGCAUGCUGCUGCCUUCUGGGGACAGAUGCAGAUGGCAGAGCUGUUGGUGUCCCAUGGGGCUAGUCUCAGUGCAAGGACUUCUAUGGAUGAGAUGCCAAUAGACCUGUGUGAAGAGGAGGAGUUCAAGGUCCUACUGUUGGAGCUCAAACACAAGCAUGAUGUGAUCAUGAAGUCACAGCUGAGGCACAAGUCAUCCCUGAGCCGGAGGACAUCCAGUGCGGGCAGCCGUGGGAAGGUGGUACGUCGAGCCAGCCUGUCGGACAGGACCAACCUGUACAGGAAGGAGUAUGAGGGAGAGGCCAUUCUGUGGCAGCAGCGAAGUGCAGCCGAGGACCAGCGCACUGCGACCUACAACGGGGACAUCAGGGAGACCAGGACAGACCAAGAGAAUAAAGAUCCAAACCCCCGACUGGAGAAGCCCGUGCUGCUCUCAGAGUUUUCUACCAAGAUCUCUCGGGGUGAACUGGAUGGGCCCAUUGAGAAUGGCCUCCGGGCUCCCGUCAGCGCCUACCAGUAUGCACUGUCCAAUGGGGAUGUCUGGAAGGUGCACGAGGUGCCUGACUACAGCAUGGCCUACAGCAGCCCUGUCAUGGCUGAUGCCACCCCACCAUGGAGCGGCUUUAAGGAGCAGAGCCCCCAGACGCUUCUGGAGCUGAAACGGCAGCGGGCAGCAGCCAAGCUGCUCAGCCACCCCUUCCUGAGCACCCACCUGGGCAGCAGCAUGGCCAGGUCAGGGGAGAGCAGCAGUGAAGGCAAGGCACCCUUGAUUGGAGGCAGAACUUCGCCCUACAGCAGCAAUGGCACCUCCGUGUAUUACACGGUCACCAGUGGGGAUCCCCCACUCUUAAAGUUCAAGGCCCCCAUAGAGGAGAUGGAGGAGAAGGUCCAUGGCUGCUGCCGCAUCUCCUAGUCUCCUCACAUAGAGGAGAGAGAUGCCUCAGGGAGGGGUCCCUGGAAUCUGGGCCAGUCCAAUAGCUCUGGCUGGGGAGGCAUCCGAGGGCAGCUGGGGAGAGGUGGCCUCUGCUUUCCAGAGGAACGCUGACCUCACCUCGCACCCAGCUGCCCACAGCAGCCCCACUCCCCUUGGUUCUGCUUCCUGCUGCAUUGUCUGCCAUCAGAAACCUAGUGGCCCGCACUCAUUCUGCUGUUCGAUUUGGGGAGGGCAGGCUUAGGAUUCCAGUUCUAUUCUGGUAAAGGCUUCUCGGGACCAGUCUCUCUUUCUCUCUCUCUCAUUGCACACAUGUAGGGAUGAUACACCUGGGCUCAUGGGAAGCAGUUAGGACUAAAAUGUGUGGGCUGUUUCCAAAGGGAUUGAGGUAAAAUCUCAGCACCACUGCCAUGUGGCUCCAACAGGGGAGGGCCUGGCCCAGUUGAGACCUACGUACCUUCUUAGGGUCAUUCCAGGCCUUGAAGCACCAUCCACACCUAGCAAAGACAGGCAAUCCUCUCUGUUUUUGUAAGAGCCAGCAAUCUGUGUGAGUUAGAUGUGACAUGCACAGGCCCUGCAGCUCUGCUGAGUUAUGCUUUCCCAUCUCACAUCAGGAGGCAGGAGCUGUACAAACCACUCAGGGGCUAGAAAACAUAGAGGUAAGAAAGGGGUGCAGCAAAGAACUGUCUUUCCAAAAUUUCAUUUGGUAAAACCAUUCUUUUAGCUUGUAAAGUCCAAGUGGGAGGAAACUAAAUUUGCCUUCUCUGAUGGUGUCUCAUCAGGUUCCACUGGGGGGAAAAAAAAAGUCCAGUGAAGAGCUUCUGCUGGAGGCCUUUUCCCAGGAGAGGAGGGAGUUCACUUUUGAGAACAGCUCUGGUUAGCAGUGACACAGCCCAAUGUCCUGGCCAGUCUUGACAAGAUGCAGGCUGUUUUAGUCCAGCCUGUCUCAGCCAGCCUUCCUCAGACUGAGCCAUCCUGGUGAGCAGCUGGGGCCACCGGUGCCCCACCCCUCUCACCUCCCCCAUGUCUUGUCAGUUGUGUGCAGAGUGAAUGCUCAGAAUCCCUAGCUCAGCUCUGCCUUUCCUGAAAUACUUGUGGAGACAAGCUUGCCAGUUGGCCCCCAUGAGUUCCUGUCUGGCCCCAGGGCUCCCAGCCUGCUUCUGCUGGGGUUAUGACACCUCAAGGCUACAAACCCAGAGUGCCCAUACCCAGCACCCUAUACUGAAUCGAGGAGAUCAGUGGCAGGACUGGAAGUAGUUAUCACCACAGCCCUCCAUGUCUGUAGCCUCCCCAGUCUCCCUAAUGCUGGGGAAGGUGGGCUCCUUCCUCCUCAUGGUUAUAUUAUAUCAUGCGUUCCUUUGAAAUUGUCCGUGCAGUGGGCACUGUCCACAGGCUCAGCCAAGAUCUUCAGUGUAACUAUAAGCUGCAGGUUUGUUCCCUGCUCUGUGCGCCUUUAAUUUGUUCUAAAACUACCUCCUUAGAGUUCUGAAGGGCCCCUUUGGUCCAGAUUCUGAGGUGGGGAACAGAUCUGGGUGCCCUUUAACCUGUAUCUUUCUGAGCCUAUGAGAAAUUUGCCCUGAAUGGCACCUAGACUAGGGCAGGCUGAGUUAGAGCAGUCCCACUUGUGCCACAGCCAUAGUAAUAGGGUCUGCUGUUUGUCAGCCUUGGUCCCUCACUGUGGCCUUCUGUGUCCCCCAUAUUCCAGCAGGACUUCAAUGGGCCUGGCUGAUGCUUUAGCAGGAGUAGGGCAGCUGGGCCAAAGGAUACCCAUGGUGGAUGCUAAGGUUACAGAAGGUCUCCCAGCACCAGGCCAUGCUCACCCCAAGUCCAGGGUAGGUACAGUGGAGAGACAGCUCAGGAGACUGAAGACAGGUGUACAUGCUAUCUGCUACAUCCCUGAGGGUGGAGUGGGUGCUCCAUCAUCUCACGGGUGAAGCAUCAGAUGCUCCAAAACACACAUAGGUUUAAAAAGUCUUCAGUCCUGACUGGUGCUGAAAUGCCCCUGGAACUGACUUUGGCUACAAGGCGGAAAGUGCCAGGGGCAGUCACAUAUUCUCAAGAGACAGUGGACCCUGAGUCAAAGGACCAGAAACAUGGCAGGCCUCCAGGCCACGCCUCCCUUCCCUCUUCUUGGCUCCAGGCCUUUACUCUCCACCUAGAGAGUUGGGAGUCUCAGCUGAUCUCCUCCCUUACCCUGGAAGUGGCCUCUGACAGAGGUGACUUCCAGGCUUUUUUAGCUCAUGUUUUCUAUUAGGUAUAAAUGUUCCCUGGUAGGGUUUCAGGGCCCUUGGGGAGCCUUCCCUGGGUACUGAAGGAUAAGUUGGGGAACCUCCAAUGAAUGAGCCAGAAUCGUCUGUUUAUUUACUGAUAACUUACUGAGUAGCUGUGACAAACCAAGCACUAUGCUAGGUUCUACAGAUAGAGGAGCCAGUGAGGACUGCUUUUUCCAGUUUUCAUCUCUUGAGGACCAUGGGCAGCAGCAGCCCUGCCUAGUUCACCUGAGCAGAGCACUUUUUCAGUUUGUGGAACCCUUAAAGUAUGAAACCCUUUAUCUUGGAAACACUUCCAUGACCACCCAAGGAUAACAUUUUCCAUGAAAUGCAGAUGCUUAAUCUUGGGUUCCAGGCAAACACCAUCCCAGGUCCCUCUGGAACCUUCAGAGAUAGGGCAGUAUCUUUGGGGGACAGUACAAUAGCAGUCUGUGGUCAGUGUGUAGAAGAACAAGAAGUUUGUUAGCCAUUUGUUGCCAAAUGCAUCUUUAGUUCUUAAAAUUGUUGUAUUUUGCUCAUUUAAGACACACUCCUCCCCCCAAUGGACUCCACAUGCAUCAGGGGAACCUCUGGGAGAGAGCAGCUACUCUUUCUAACAGUAAGCCUUUCCCUAUAAACCAACCUCUCUCUGGUAGGUGUGGAUCAAGGAGCUGGGAGAAGCCUGGGAAGGUCGACCAGAUGCCCAGCUCCUGCUGCAGCCUAGCCUGGUGGCAAUUCCCAGUAGAUUGAUGGAGGCCACUUCUGAAGCAGAGGCCAUAAUGCUCAGUGUGGAAUCUGGUCUUGUUCCCAUCUUAUGCCUCAAACAAUUGGAAAUUGGUGGCUGUCAUCAGAUUGUGAGUUUCUGGCCAGUAGCUCAAAAAAUCUAAAUGAACUCUGCCGAGGUCAACCGAAAAUUUCAGAAUAUAAUUCUCCAUUAGAGAUGCAACAUCAAUAAAGUUGCGCUGUUUGAUCGAUUUCAAUGGAUCUACUUCCAAGAGGCUUUGACAAGUUAAUCAGAGUGUGGCCCCCAUCUUGGUCCACCAGUCUGCUAGCUUUGUAAUAACAGGACACUGCUGGAUCUUGAUGUCAGACACAUCACAAUAGAAUGAUCCUGAGCUUUCUCUCCCAGUUGCUCUCCCAGAGCAAACCAUGAGGAUACUUUGCAGGAAGGGGCUCCUUACAAGAUGCCCAGAAGCACUGUAUGCAAUCCCUGUUAUUUGUAGCUUUCCCUCCCCCAGCAGAGACAAGCAAAGGAUCACAUGGUCAGUAGAUAGCUCUGCAGAAGUAUCUCCCUUUGCUAGAAGCUAUAGGCCUCUCCUCUCCAGAAGUCUCUUUUUGGUCAAAGGGGUUCUUCCCAUGGGCAUCGCAAGUGCCACCAUGCGGGGCCUGGCUCUGCACACCUAGGAGAGUCUGCAGACCCCCAGCCUCCCGCAAUAAUUCACCAGACCAGAAGCCACUGAUGUACAGAGAACACUUCAGAAAAAUGUAUUUUAUGUGAAAAAAAAAGUUAAAACUCUGUAUACUGUAUCAGCAGCUUUGUGUAAAAAUGGCAAUCAAGAGAGUCUAAUAUAUUUAAAACUUUUUUUAAAAAAAAUCCUCAUGGAUCUUUGAUAUUGUAUUGAGGUAACUUCCAGGUAGCCCCUUGCCAUGCGGCAGCGGUGGGCCUCAUGUCCAAGAUAGGCUUUGGCCACGUCCCAAAGGGGCACAUGCCCCUGGAGUCGCUUCCAGCUGCCAAGGCCUGUGAUGGAAUUCGCUGUUAAGA